AAAAAAUAAUGGCACCGUAAAUCAAGUAAAAAUAUAUUUCUUUCCACAAAAUUGACCGUGAACCAGCACUGGAAAGAAAUCACUUCCACUGGAAAAAAAUAACACUGACAAAACAAACAAAACAGCUCCUAGCCUGUCUCUCGGAACUGGAAUUUGAACUGCAAGUACAUACAUGUACGUCACAAUACGCAACCGAGCUCAUCUUUAUAUACAUUUUGUGAUCAGAUUGAGGGCAAAUCUCUUUGAGCUUCAGUCGCAAAAAGCCUCCAAAAGUGAACUGUCUUUCUCUGAGAGAUUCUUCAUUCCUAUUCACAAGAAUAGCUAUGGCCACAAAAGCAUCAUGAGCAAGUGUGGUCAAAUGUUGGAAUCCAAAAGUCCCCCCUCUCUCCCGCUCCCCCCCGGGUGGUCACACAUUGAGAGCAAGGGUCAUGUUUUUUCUAAGACUACGAUUGAUUUAUCCAAAAACAUGUGACAAAAACAUGUAAAACCGUGCUCUGUGCUACGACAGGCGACAAUAAAACUCUGUCAAUUUCAGUAUUUCCUCAUGACAAAUGCACUGAAGUAGGUUCUUUUGCAACCAUAUUUGGGCUCAAAGCAUGCCCGUGUCGUCACCGUCGUCACGCAACGCUUCAAACGAGAAGAAAUUUGCAUACAAUCUAUAUUUUCGCGCGCCUCUGAAGCUAUGCAAGUUUCAAGUUAUCAAUACUUAAAGUUUCUUUUUUUUUUUAAAUUCUGAAAUCUCAGAUCCAGAUCUGCUAAACUGAACAACGUUUCGGUUACAGAACAGGUCAUUUUGUGCAAUGAAGGACAAGAGCGAAGCAGAAGUUGUCUUGCGCGACGCGAAGCCAGAUGGAGGGUACGGAUGGAUUGUAUGUUGUGGAACUUUCAUCGUUAAUUUUGUGGUGUUUGGGAUCCACAACUCGUUUGGCGUUGUGUACGUUAAUCUACUGGAUGAUUUAGACCUUGGAGAGAUGCAAACUGCAUGGAUUGGUGCAAUGGCAAUGGGCUUAAAUUUCUUCUUUGGUCCAAUAACAAGUGCUCUGUGUGACCGUUUCGGAUGCCGUAUUGUGUCCUUUGCUGGAGCAUUAUUGUCUGUUCUAGGGCUGUUUCUAACAUCCUUCAUACAAGAAGUUAAUAAAAUGUAUGUGACCUAUGGCUUGGUCUGGGGGAUAGGCUCCAGCUUUGCCUUUGUGUCAUCAAUUGUUGUUCUUGGACAGUACUUUGACAGGAAAUUGGCCCUGGCCAAUGGAAUUGCAACAUCAGGAAGUGGAGUUGGCUCGCUUGUGGCAGGACCAGUCAUAAAUUAUUUAUUACAGACAGUCGGAUGGAAAAAUUCCAUGCGUAUUCUAAGUGCCAUUGCUUUGUUGUUAUGGAUUGCUGCACUGUUUUUCAAACCAAGGGAAAGUCAUCAGGAUAUCAUGGAAAGGAAGAUGAAUUCCAAGCUAUUUGAUACAUCAAUAUGGAAGAAUAAAGCUUAUGUCUUAUGGGUUUCUACUGUAGCUUUGUUCCAGUUUGGUUAUCUUGUUCCAUUUGUUCACUUGGUGAAAUAUGCUGAGGAUCUGGGAGUGCCAAAGUCUCAAGGAGCUUGGCUAAUUGGAUUUCUUUCUAUCACCUCGACCGUUGGACGGGUGUUUUUCGGCAAGAUAUCAGAUCUCAAAUUCGUCAACAGAUUAUACAUGUACCAGUUUUCGAUUUUCGCUAUUGGAUUAACAACCCUUCUGUGUCCUCUGACUAGUAACUAUGCAGGUCUUGUCAGCUACGCGUUGAUAUUUGGAUUUUUCGAUGGAUGUUUCGUGGGUCAGGUUGCUGUGAUCACUGCUGAUGUAGUUGGCCACGAGAAGCUCUCUCAAGCGGUCGGAAACAUGUUUGGAACGCUGGCGAUACCCAUGAGCCUGGGGCCCCCUCUUGCAGGUUGGUUACAUGAAGGAUUUGGCUCGUAUGAUGGGGCAUUUUAUAUCGCUGGUUCUGUGGCCGUAUUUUCCUCUCUGCUGCUCUUUGGUGUCGACCGCAUGAUACGAAGUCAGUUUAAAGCAAGCAGGCUUGUCGAGCACAGAGAGACCAAGAACAACGCUUCGUUGAUUAGUGGUGAUAAUGAUAAUUCCUCGCCUUACGACUAUGGUUAUAAGGACACGGAGUCCCAACCGAUGUUAGAAGAUGAAUGUUCUAGUACACAUUUUAACCGGCUGAAAAUUAGCGAGUUUCUCAUGUUUAGUGACAGAGAAACUGUUUUGUAGCAAAGAGUUGGAAUAACUUAUCGAAUCACUUACAUCUCCAGUAGAGGUUAGGCGCGUUAACACUACGCUGGAGGAAUUUGAAAACGGAGCUUUAUUUCUCCCGUAAGGCCUGUCGUCCAC